AUGGGCCAAGAUAGGUUGAACUCAAUCAAUAAGGGCUCAAUGGGCAUGAGCUUCCCUUUGAAUAACAAGUCGUUGGAGGGAGACAUAGUGAGGCUGGGGUCGUCCAUACAGUCAUGGCUAGGCCUAGAAGAGACCGUGAAGUUGAACUCUUUCUCACAUUCCACGCCAUCAUCCGACUUUACUUUAUCAACAUCAUCAUCUUCCUAUGAGCUAUCGUUGUCAUAUUCUUGGGGCUCUGCACCGCUCUCGAUUGUAUUGUGGCCAUAG